ACCAAGCGUGCUCUUUCGCGAUCGUCCGUGGCCGCUGAUUCAGUUUUUGGUGUAGCGUUCUUAAUGGCGAUGACGGUAGGCUGGAAGCACACAAAGGAAGGUCCCUCGUGCAUCCAUACCAUCCACGGCCUAUGACACCCACGCAUCCUUCCUGCGUUUUUUCAGUCGUUGCGUCGUAUCACGGGAUCUCCGCCUCGUUCCCGGCCCAGUAGGAAGAAGCCAGGCCUAUCGGAGGUACGAGCUCACUCACACGAGAUGCGACGGAUGCAUCUGGCCGUCCGAGUCCAUCGUUGUGGCUUUCUGGCUCUCUUUGGUGGUCGCAGGAGCAGUUGGAGGAGGUCCGCGAGGCCUUCAACCUGUUCGAUACGGACCAUACCGGUCAGUCAGCACGACAAAGCUCAUCCGCGUGAAUGUGUGUCGGCUUCACUCAUUGUCCCGCCCACCCGCCACCCACAGGUGCGAUAGAUGCUCGUGAGCUGAAGGCGGCGAUGCGUGCGUUGGGUUUCGAUGUCAAGAAGGAGCAGGUGCGCAAGAUCCUGGCGGAGAUAGGCAAGGACCCCACGGCCGCCAUCAACUACGAGGAGUUCCAGGAAAUCAUGAGCGGACGCAUGGUACGUGAGUGCGCGACCUAACACAGCAGAAGGGUGGGUGGGGUGGGUGUCAUGGCACAGUGUGUGUGUGUCGCAUGGCGUGGUGGUGUGUGUAGGGUGAGAAGGACAGCCGGGAGGAGAUCAUGAAGGUGUUCAAACUAUUCGAUGACGACGACACGGGUACAUACAGUACACACGCAGGCUGUAUGUACGUGGCUCAUCCCAUCCAUGCAGGCAAGAUAAGUUUCCGCAACUUGAAGCGCGUUGCUGCUGAGUUGGGCGAGACGUUGACGGACGAGGAGUUGCAGGAGAUGAUCGACGAGGCCGACAGGGACGGAGAUGGACUCAUCAACCCAGACGAAUUCUACCGGUAGGUACCUACAUGCAACCAUCACACACACGGGCAUGGACAUAAAUAAGGUCAGGUCACCACACAUCCUUCUGCUGUGUGUAUUUGUUCGGUCAGGGUGAUGCGGCGCCGCGGCGAUGACCCGCUGGACGACUUCGAUAGCGAUGAGGACUAGGGGAGGGAGGGAGGGACGGAGAGGGGCAGUGCAGCUGACACAGAUGGGCACUGCACACAUAGAUGGGCUGACUUAGAUCAAUCGAUGUCGGUGUGCUGGCUGCAGGAGCCAACCGACCUACAUGCCUGCCUUCGUUUCUGUACAGCCAGCAGCUUUUAUUUCGACUCCAUCUUCGUAAGGUUGCUGGCUGUGUGUGAAACCGACCGACCAGUGGCUAGUGUCUGUGAGGUGAGGUGGAGGUGUGUACAGAUUAUGCCUGCCUGCCUGCCCGAGAGCUGUGUGUGUGUGCGUAUCAUACGUACGUGGACCCUUCAUUCCUUUAUCAUGUCUGUCUGUCUGUGAGUGCGCGUGUUGACUGACACUUGCUGUGUUGACUGACUGGCUGUCUGCACGUACGGUACACGUUGAUGAUUCUGAUGGAUGGAAUGCGUCACGUGUCCAUCCAUCCAUCCAUCCAUCCAUUCACCAGCCUCAAGAGCCC